CAAACGCCAGUGGAAUCCUUAAAUCCGGGAGUGAUGGAAUGAGAAGAGGAUUUAAUCUCUCACCAUAUGAUGGAUUGAUAAGAUAGUUUUUAUAAAUAAUUAAACAUCUCAGAUGUUACCCAAUGUAGAUUAGAGGUUUUGUUACAUGCUGUCCUUUGCAGUCUGAUUGCGCCAGUGCUGGCACACAAGCGCUCUUGUUUUUGUGGUGAGUGAAGAACUUCUGGCGACGUGCUUUAGUGGAGCCGGUCUGCAUUGCGUCGAAACCCCUCCAACUCCUCCUCCUCCUCAUUCUCCUGCUGCCUUUCCUCCUCUCUCCUCUCCCCUCCUCUCUUUUCCUCACCUCCCCUGCACUUGCAUGUAAAAUGCACAGAAAAACUUGCUUAACAUUGUGGAUAAAACAUCUGGACAUCGCUGCUGCACUUGACUCUCUCAACUAUCCGUUGUGGUUUCUUUUAUUCUGCUCUCCGAGCCGCGCUGAAACACAUUCUGCCCGUCAUCCUGUCGCAAAAAGCAGCAGGUUUCUGCUGAUGUAGUGUUGUCUGGAAAUGCCACGGGCUUGCUUAUUGCCCCUUAAUGUAUCGCCCCCCUGAAUUGCAGCGCAAGAUUUUUUUUCCUGCGGUAUAGGCUGUAAGCUAUCUACACCACCGUGCCGCCGUGCAAGCAACUACCGACGCUGCAGCUUUGCCUUUCUCUCUUUUCGCUCAUGUUUCAUCUCUGGCUAUCCUUGGUAGACUCACCUGAUUUUCAUUUUGUCUUAUCUAAUCUUGCUUUAUUAUCGUCUAAAGACAUCUUGAGGCACUUUGUGGCGGACACAGUUAGGAUGGCGAUGAGCACAGUAAGGCUCUAGGCUUUAUUUUUGGUAGGUGCAAUGUAAAGUUGCCACAUGACGCCCACUGCUGCCCUGCCGUUGGAUGAUUUUACUCGAGGAUAACAGCAUCCAAGACCUUCCAAGAUCAGCCCACGUGACAGAGGCAGCAGUAACAACAGCAGCAGAUGCACUGGCGAGCAGCAAUGGUCAAGUCAGCGAGAACCGCAGUAGAGCUGCACUGAGGCAAAGCAGCCAACCAGCCCUCUCAUAUCUGGGGACGUCUCCAACAAUUUAAGGGGUGUGGGAAGCUGAUGAGUGGAAAAUUUGCCCCGAACCUGAACUCCUCCUACUCAUCCCCCUCCACCUCCUCCCAAAAUGACUGUGGUAGCAGGAGAUAACAUGGACGAUACCUCGGCUGUCCCGGGCCACCCUCAGGACACCUACCCCCCAGACCACAAUGACCAUGAAUGCUGCGAGAGGGUGGUCAUCAACAUAGCCGGUCUUCGGUUUGAGACGCAGUUGAAAACUCUCUCCCAGUUUCCAGAGACGUUGCUUGGCAACCCCAAAAAGCGGAUGCAGUACUUUGACCCUCUGAGAAAUGAGUACUUCUUCGACAGAAACCGCCCCAGCUUUGAUGCCAUCCUCUAUUACUAUCAGUCUGGCGGUCGGCUGAGAAGACCAGUGAAUGUCCCUUUGGAUAUGUUCUCAGAAGAAAUCAAAUUUUACGAGCUGGGAGUGGAUGCAAUGGAGAAGUUUCGUGAGGACGAGGGUUUCAUCAGGGAGGAAGAGCGUCCUUUACCUGAGAAGGAGUUCCAGCGUCAGAUUUGGCUUCUCUUCGAGCACCCGGAAAGCUCAGGCCCUGCGAGAGGGAUUGCCAUAGUGUCUGUGAUGGUAAUCCUGAUUUCAAUAGUCAUAUUUUGCUUAGAAACUUUACCACAGCUGAAACAAGACACAAUUGGUCGAAUGAUAGCAGUUGGUAACACUACUGUUUAUUAUAAGCCAAAUAUCCUCACUGACCCCUUCUUCCUUAUUGAGACUCUCUGUAUAAUCUGGUUCUCCUUUGAGUUGAUUGUACGCUUUCUGGCGUGCCCCAGCAAACCAGCCUUCUUCAAGAACAUGAUGAACAUGAUCGACAUAGUGGCUAUCAUCCCUUACUUCAUUACACUAGGCACCGAGCUGGCCGAAGACCCAGAAAAAGAGGGGGUGGGGGAGCAGGCAACAUCUCUGGCCAUACUCAGGGUGAUCCGUCUGGUCAGGGUGUUUAGGAUCUUCAAGCUGUCACGACACUCCAAAGGACUGCAGAUUUUGGGGCAGACUCUCAAGGCCAGCAUGCGAGAGCUCGGAUUGCUGAUCUUCUUUCUGUUCAUUGGAGUCAUCUUGUUUUCCAGUGCUGUCUACUUUGCUGAGGCAGAGGAGGAAGGAUCCUGCUUUGGCAGCAUCCCGGAUGCAUUUUGGUGGGCUGUUGUGUCUAUGACAACUGUGGGCUAUGGGGACAUGGUCCCCAUCAGUAUAGGAGGCAAAAUUGUAGGAUCUCUGUGCGCCAUCGCUGGAGUGUUGACAAUUGCCCUCCCAGUGCCUGUUAUUGUGUCCAACUUCAAUUACUUCUACCACAGGGAGACCGAGGGAGAAGAGCAGGCCCAGCUGCUCAACGUCAGCAAUCCCAACAUCCCCUCUGAAACCAACUCCAGCCGCCGUAGUUCAUCCACCGUCAGCAAGUCAGAGUACAUGGAGAUUGAUGGAGACAUAAACAAUAGCAUUGACAACUUUAGGGAGGCAAACCUCAGAACUGGCAAUUGCACUAUAGCUAACCAAAACUGUGUAAAUAAAAGCAAGCUGCUUACAGAUGUUUAGACACUAGUCAGUAUUGUUGGGAUCUCUAUGGGACUAUCGUAUGUGGAGUAGACCAUCAGUUAGGAAUGCUUUAUUAAACUCCCCAAAGCGCUGUAUGCCAUUAGGCCUACAAAUAUGCUCAGCUAUAUAGAAAGGAAACAGAAAAAUCAACGCUCUUAGAGAAUAUGACAGGUAGAUAGAAUAAUUAAUUCUUCUGUUCCUACAAAUAUAUAGGUACAUCAAAAAGAAAACGUCAACUAUUACGCAUAUACACAGCUCCCUGGAGGAUGCAGCGCACACACUGUCCUGUCAGAUGACGGUGUGAUUUUCAAAUCUUAUGCAUGGAGUACAAAUAACAUUUCAGCAAGUUGCACAAUGUACCAGAAAAGUCUGCAGAGACAUGCAAGCACCUGCAGCCAAGUGGUAAGCACCCAGAAGUUAGGUGACCCCUGCUCCCUCCUCAUCGCCCCUCUCUCUUCUCUCCCUACAAAGGAGAUCUACUAUUCAGCAAAGCACCUUAUGGGAGGAAGACUGAUCUCUCUUGUUUGGAUGUAAACAGAUGGUGAUCUACUCGCUUCACAGACAUCCGCAAUGCUGCUGUUUUCCAGCAGAUGCUGUAAUUAUGAUAUCACCAAGUGAUUCAAUGCCAUACCCUUUAGAUGCAACACAGCACAAUGUUAAAGUGAGCUUCACACGAGCAUGAUUAGAGACUUUCCAUUUUGAUAUCAGCAUGCACGAGACAUAUCUCACAUAAUGGAAAGGAUGUUCUUUCGGAUACCUGGCUCCAUCCCCUCCUUCUCAUCUGUUUUCAUACAAGUGCACUGGAUGAGUUUUUAAUUUGAAAUGCCAAUAAUUUAGAAGUAUAGAAAUUGAAUGUUAAAUCUUAAGGGAACAGUACAUAAAUGAGAUCUUAGCAUGAAAAAAGUUACCUGCAUUAUGGUCUAUCAACUAAGGUACUUUUGUACCCUGGUAUAUUUAAUGCAUGACAUGAGUAUUCAGCUUGUUGCAAUUCAGGCACUCUGCAGUGCCCUAUUGUCAGGGAAGCUAAAGAAAUAAAAUUCUGGAUGUUUCCGAAUUGCGAUCAAAUAUUUCAAAACCCACCUUGAGGAUGCAGAGUUUCUAAUUUAAAAAUAGUCAAAGAUACCAAAUAAAUAUUAUCAAAAAUGCAUAUAAUUAUAAUAAGCACCAAUUACAGUAUUACAUCAAUAGUGCAGUGCAUGGACCUUCUUUUACCAAGAAAAGUUAACAUAUCAUUAGUCAUGCUUCCAUUUCCACGUCACAUUUGAGUACAUAUUGGUCUGGAAUCCAGUAAAAAAAGGAUCAAUACCAAAUUUCACUUCAUAUUACAGAGAAUUAUUCAGACAUUAGUUGCUAGUGCCUUUAUCCCUUUCACCAACAGGACCAGUGAAAGUGCCUAUGUGCACAGUGGGAUUUGUUAGGUUGAGCAGAGAUGGUUUACCUUGUGUUUUAGUGUUGAUAAACUGUUGGUCACGAUGUUAAUGAUGCCAGAUGAACAAGGUUGAAACAGCACGUGAUUGUGGUCAAAAAACUAACAAAAGAUGAUCCAUGGUUGAUAUGCACAACCCAGUUUUCAUGCUGUCAUGCACUUAAUUAUGCCCUUAAGCAGCAAUGUAUUGUACUCUGCAUGUUUACCAAUCCAAUUGAAAAGGGAAUAUUCAUAAGUUUUAAACAUAUUGUAUUUAUAUCUAUUGUUUUUGUUUGUGCACCAUGCAUCUUUUCAGGGUCUCUACCUCAGUGAGGUCAUUGCAAACUUGCUGCAGAGCUGCAAGCUUCAAUGCAGGGCUUCCUAUACCAUAAUGCAAAAUGGAACCUUAAGUGUAAACUGCAGUCAUGCAACAUUGAAUGUGAGAAUCCCAAAGUAUAGCCUUUACACAAGCACUUAGGACAAAUAGUAUACCACUAACCCCGCUCCUUUCAUUCGUUUAAAGCUACGCACAAUCAGAACAUUCAUUUGUAGAGAUUGCUUGACUCUCCUAACAGGAUGAGAUUGACUGUUUUAUAUGUUGGUUUCUUUGAAACAAUGGUAUCUAAAGUUGUGCUGCUUGAAUGUGUUUCAACACAUGCGUGUAUAAGACAGUGUAAACAUUGUUAUAGUUUUAAAUCCUGCUAUCUUUGGGCAUUAUGAUGCACAGCAAAGUGCAGCCUGUUUUUUUGCAUAUCAUUUUGUUCUGUUGCUUGAAACAUUUUUUGAUAGUGAGAUUUGUUUACAUAUUUUUGCUGCCUGGAAGGAGAUGAUGGGGGCAAAAAACAUCAAACACCAUAAUGUUUCUUGGCAUAUUGUUCCAGACAGACUAACUGCAGAUUGGACAAAUUGUAAUGACUACUUGAAACUCCCCAGCUACUGUACAGCUAUACACUCAGUAAUGAGAUGAAAUUACCCAAAUAAUAGUUAGACUUUGUAAUGUAUGGUACGCUGUUUUUUUUUAAAUUUAGCACUCUCCUGACAAGGUCCUUUGAAAAAGAAGCUACACUGCAGUGCUACUUGAAUGUCAUGUAAUUGUUUAUGUCGGUGCAAUGGCUAUCCUUUGUGGUGCUAGUACAGGAGUACCAUUGUUGUCUUGUUCCCAUCACAUGUUAUUUUGGACAAGACUUUUAUCAUUCUCUAAUUCUUGUUAUUGUUUUUUUAUUGGUGGCUGGUUGGUUAGUUUUAGGGCACUAUCUGUCAUUUUAUUUGGAUGAUCUUUGUACUGUACCACUGAAGAGUGUCUGCCUCAGGCGAGGUACAAUUUCAAGAGCCUUGCUAGAUGUCAGUAACUUCUCAUGAGACCAAAAAAGAUACACAUUUGUGUCAGGGAUCUUCAAUUAGGGUUUCUCAUACAGAAGGACAUCAAUAAUACCCAAUACUAUAUAUUAUAACGCUAUAUAUAGAUACAAGGAAAUUCUCAUUAAUGCCGCUAUCAGGAAAUUGUUCGCUUUGUUAAUGAGUUUCUUGUACGACUGAUGCUUGAAAGUAGUGGUGUAUGUAACAUGUCCUGCAGGACAAUACAAAUGAUACUCUUCACAUUAGCAGUGCUGCGAGGGAAUGUUUGGAUGGUGCUAUGCAUUCAAUUACCCAACAGAAACAUGCAUUCUUAACAGCAAUAGAAAGACAGAUAACCUGUUUCUUAAAUGCUUUUUGUAAAAAAUAGGAAAACAAAUCUAUUUUGAAUGUCAGAGAAACUGCGAUCACUUGACAGAUAACUCACAACAGGGCUGUUUAUGUACCAACCUCUUACCCUCUGUUCUGUGAUUUUGUAAGGUCAGUAGAGUCCAAUGUAGAAGGUGACAUUUUAUUGAAAGAAAUCUGUGAGAAGUCUAAAUAUAGGCUUUGUAAACGUGGCGGUCCCUAUUUACCACCCAGGUCAGACUGGAGUUGUUUUGCAGUCAGGAUCAAAGCAUGCUGAAGGGUUCAGUCGAACCUAUAACACAGUCCCAAAGGAACAGCCCAUAAUGCACUUAGAGAGGAUCUAUGGCUAUAUCGUCAGUUCACUGAACUGAUCAGCUGUGUGAGUGAAAGUCAGAGAUAGUGCCUAAAUUGUUUUACAUAUUAAUUUGUUUAGCUUAUUGUUAGAUGUUAAUGCUUCUGCAAACAAACACAAGUGAGAAGAUCUAAAAAAAAAAAUGAUGUCAUUAACAUAAUUAAACUAUAAGAAAAAACAUGAAAUGUCAUGAGAACAAAAUGCAAUUUAGCUACAAUAACAUAGAGAAAAAGUAACCACUAUAUACUGCAAUUACGUAUGAAUUUCUUUAAUAAUGUGUUUUUAUUUUCCUUUUUUUGGUACACUGUAACAUGACUGAUUUAGGUAGAACAUGCCAUAUACUGAAAUAUCAAAGACAAAAUGUUCCUCUGGAAAGCCAAGUUAAGAAAACUACUGUAUUAUGAUCAAUUGCUAUAAACGAAUUGAUAUGGACAAGAAUUGUACUAUUAUAAAGAAAAAACUGUGUGGUUUGUCUUCUUGGUUUUAAGUUAAAAAACAAAACAAGAUUUAUUAAAACACCAUGUUCACAUUCUUCCAAUCUACAAUGCUACAAUGUAUCUCUACAGAAACCUACUAAUCACAAAAAACUGCAUGGUCAAUGGAAGACUGCAUGAGUUUUGCCUUUCAAACUAUGGAUCAACUAUAAUACAUAGUUGCAUCAUUUAAAAAUAAGAAACCCUUGCUUUCAUCUGCACCAAGGCUUCCUGUAAGGCCCUGUUCAGAAGUUGUUGUGUUGUGAAACGUGUCCUCCACUGGAUUUCUUAAAAGCACCUUAGCGCUGACCUCAUUACUAAGACAGCGUUGGGUAUGCGAGCCGUUUUCAGCGUGUUUGUAAUUUUCAGGUUGUGCUCGCUAGGCUCUGAAUGUGAGGUCAGGCAUUAAGGGCUAUUUUCUCAAACUUUAUCUCUAUUCUAAGACAGAAAUGCUUUUCCAAGUGACAUUUUUCCCAUUGUCAUCUCUGUCUAGACUGUAGUGAUACUGUGUUGUGGAAACGUGCCCAUCAUGUCUAAACAGGGCCUGUACCACACACCCUCAUCUGCACUACAUUGGUUUUAAGGCAUUCUUGUUCGCUAAAGGUGUUGAUGUUGGACUUCUUUCUGCCUGCUGAGGAGGCACUUAACAGGAUCAAAUGAUGGGACGUUGUGUACCUCACUCGCCAAAGGUGAUUAUUGAUGAGAAGGUCUUGUAUGCGUUAGAAGUGGCUAUGAGUUUGUCUUUCCUGUCAAGAAUGCACACUUAAUCGCUUGUAGGGAAGCAUUGGAGCAAACCGCAAAAAUAACUGAUUAAUUAUUCUGCUCUUCUUUUCAUCCUCAAGCAAACCAAACUCUGAUUGUGUUAUCUAAUCUAGCUGUCAUUGUCAUGUCGUGUUUACCAAGGGUUAUGCUACAAUGUGUUCAGUUUGUCAGAUGAUGACAAAGGCAUGGUCUGUGAUCUAUGCAAGGAUUAUUUGUUUUUGUUCUUUUCUUAAAUCACUUAUGAUUUCAUCUUACAUUAACUUAAAUAAAUUUUUAAGUAUC